GUUCAUGGUACAUUGCACAGCUUCGCGAGCCUUUUGAUUACCCACUCCAGCUCUCUUACAGUCUGUACCAAUCAUGGAUAACAUAUCUGUGGUUGUCCCUCAAUGGGUACCGAUCGAGCAACAUUAUUUCAGCUUUGACAAGCGGUCGUUGAUAGCUGCUGCUUUUGCUGGAUUAUUGGGCUUCGUGUACUUAGUAAGCUUCUUGAACGAGGUCAUCUUCGGAUUCAGGGCUCCUAUUGCUGGACAAAGAAGCAAGUUUGAGCCAGCAUGGCUGUUGCGAAUGAGGUUCAUCCGAGGAAGCCGCACAAUUCUUAGCGACGGAUACAACAAGUUUAGGAACACUGUAUUCAAAAUUCGCCGUAUUGGGGCCGAUGUGGUCAUCAUCCCCAGCAAGUAUGUCGAUGAGAUUCGGACUUUGACUGGAGAUAAGACGAGAGGUGUCGAGCCAUUCAUCAAGGAUUUUUGCGGCGAAAUCACCAACGGCAUGUGCUUUCUCAACAGUGACUUACAGAAUCGCGUCGUCCAGCAGAGGCUGACCCCCAUUUUGGGUACACUGGCCCCAGUCAUGAAAAACGAAUUGGACUUUGCCCUGCUCAAAGAGAUGCCAGGCUGCAGUGAGACAUGGACCGAAACCAACAUAAAUGCAAUCUUAGCUGCAAUUCUCUCCCGCAUUUCGGCCCGCGUGUUUCUCGGUCCCGAAGAAUGCAGGAAUGAGGAGUGGCUGACAGCCACUGCGGAGUAUACAGACCGGGUGUUUAAGACCGGAAUGAUAUUGCGAAUAUUUCCGAAGCCAAUUCGACCUCUCGUCGCGCCCUUCAUCCCAAUGUACUGGGGCUUGCUCAAAAAUGUCGUCACCGCUCGCCGUGUUAUCACCAAGAUCGUGGAGUCUAGGCGGUCUGCUGAGAAAGAGAGCAAUGGAAACUAUGAAAAGCCAAAAGACAUCUUGCAGGGCAUGCUUGAUGGGGCUGAGGGAGAAGAAAUGUCAUUGGCGAAUCUUUCACAACGCAUGCUUAUCCUGAGCCUGGCAUCAAUUCACACCACCGCACUGACCAUGACUCAAACACUCUACGAUCUCUGUAAGCAUCCGGAGUAUUUCGAGCCCAUCAGAAAGGAGCUAGUGACGGUUCUCCGUGAAGAUGGUGGAUGGGGAAAGACAACUUUGAACAAGCUCUGGAAACUGGACAGUCUGAUCAAGGAGUCACAGCGUUUCAGCCCCGUAUUCAUGCUGACAUUUCAACGCAUCUUCCAUCAAUCAAUUACCCUCUCCGACGGAACUCAUUUCCCAUCCGGAACACGCAUUGCCGUCCCCACUCAUUGGAUGCUAAAUGACUCUACCUAUGUGCCUGGAGACGCCGAUCCUGCCACCUUUGACCCUUUCCGCUACUCACGCAUUCGCGAAGAUCCAGCACAUCCAGAGAACGCCCAGCGCCAUAUGCUUGCAAUGACGGAGCCUAGCAACAUGGCUUUUGGUUAUGGUCGGUAUGCCUGCCCUGGUCGAUUUUACGCUGUGAACGAGAUGAAAAUGAUCUUGGGCCAUCUUCUUUUGCGCUACGAUUUCAAGUUCAUGGAGGGUUGCAGUAGACCUAAGAACUUUACAUUCGACAGCGACUUGUAUCCGGACCGGUCUGCUCGACUCUUGGUCCGAGAGCGACCCAAGAUUGAGGAUGGGAUAAAAGAGUUGUUGGGAAGAACCACGGUCAAAGACUGAGACCUCGAUGGUAAACUAUUCUCGCACAUUGUGUUGUUGUACAUUGUGCAACCCCGUCUUUCAGUCAAUUCAAUGUCAAGAGAGGCCUCAGUUAGUGCCGUUCAAGUGUAGUGAUGAACAGGGAAUUACCAAACCUCUUCAUCACCCAACUACGUCACAAAAGGUGUAGCACAAGGAUAUAUGGCUGGUGCAGAAGCAGUCACACUGUAGACUGACACAAGUACGCCUAGAUUUGUAGAACACCUAGUUUUCAGAAACAAUACAAUCGCU